AUCUGGACUUUGCUCCGAGGGUUUAAACCCGCCAGCUGACAAGUCGUCUCUGCAGACCGAUGCGACCGUGCCGGACGAAACAAUCCAAUAAUAUCAAAGGACAAAUGAUUUAAACACAUGAAGGUUGUGGACAAGUGAGCGGGAACGAUCGACCGCGCAAAGCGGUGCGGUCAGAUCCAAAGCAAAGGAUGUCAGCUGUGAAGAUGACGGAGGGGAGUGUGCAGGUGGCGAGCUGCGAAGCGCCGCUGUUCUACAGACAAAGUGAACCCGCCACGGGGGACGCGAGGACGUCAGUUCUACUCCUUCACGGAAUACGUUUCUCAUCAGAAAACUGGCUCGACAUCGGCACUAUGGAGACCCUGGCCAAAGCUGGCUGCCGCGCGGUCGCCAUCGACCUGCCAGGACUCGGCCGGUCCAAGUCAGCCGAGGCCCUGGCGCCGGUGGGCGAACUGGCCCCUGCGAGCUUCCUGAAGGAGGUGUGUGAGCAGCUGAGCCUGGGCCUGGUGGUGGUGAUCAGCCCGUCCCUCAGUGGGAUGUACUCCCUCCCCUUCCUCCUCCAGCACCAGGCUCUGAUACGAGCAUACGUCCCUGUAGCUCCCAUCUGCACGGACAAAUUCACGGCAGAGCAGUACCAGAGUGUGAAGGUCCCAUCGCUCAUAGUUUACGGUGACCAGGACACUCAACUCGGAGAGGUUUCGCUCCGAGACCUGAGUAACCUGGCCAAUCACAGCGUGGUGGUGAUGACAGGAGCGGGUCACCCCUGUUACCUGGACGACCCCGACACCUGGCACAAAGCUCUCACGGACUUCCUGAACACGCUGUGAAGCUGUUCACCGCCUGUCCGGGGACAGAUUGAACAACUCAGUCACACACAUGGACUCACAAAGAAACAAACUGUUCAUUCAUGAGAUAUUUAGACCACAAACAUCUUCCUGUAUUGUCUGAUUAUGACUCAUUCACUUUUUAAUGAUGAGGAGCAGAGGAAUCUGACACUUUUAAAGGAAAAGUUCAACAUUUUGUAAGAUACGUUUCCCGGGCAAUGGGUCCCACCAAAGAAGUCUCAAGAGCUAUAUCAAUCUCCUCACCUACCUCUAUACAAGAAACAGAAUUACUGUAUUUCCCAAAAUGUUGACUUUUUCCUUUAGUACUGCUCCAUAAAAACAUAUGAAUAUUUUCACAAAUGAAUCAAUCGUCUGUAUCUCACUGACAAACCAAACAGCACACGCUGAAAUGAAGUGAAAAAUAUGAACAUUAUUUAAUAACUGAUUCUCUGUAAUAAACAAUUUGAAAAUA